AUGGAGACUAGUUAUGAAACUUCCUCCGUGGCUUCAUUAAAUCUAUGUGAAGGCCAGAGACAACUCGUCUCGGUGUCAAGAACAACUCGUUCAUUCACAGUUCCUAAAUUACCUUUAAUUGUAUUGAAAAAGUUUUACAAUGUUGAGCUUGAGGAAAUACAAUUUGGUUUGGAACAAACUUUAGCCAGAAAUGAGGCUCAAGUUAUCUUGAACCAGAUAAAGUUGCGUAUUUUAUCUGAUUGGAAGAAUUCUAAGAGAAAAGCUACCGAUUAUGAUACAGACAAGGACGAUAUAGAUGCAUUAACAUUUCCCACAGAAAAGUUAACAACCACUCUUCAAAGUUAUUUACACUCACAAAAAGUAUUAAAUGAAAGUAUCGAAUUGGAUACAUAUAAAAAAGGCGAAAAAGGUUACGAGAGUUGCUUCAAAAGCAAAUACUCGGAAAUCAAAAAAUGCUUCAGAAAAAGUAUUCGUGAAAAGUCUACUUCUGAGAAGUCUUCCUCUUCUGAUUAG